AUGCUGUUCGUAUCGCCCGAUCCCAUCUCGCUCGUCGUCAGCUCCGCGACGGGCCUCGCGGUUUUCGUCAGCCUCUUCACGUCCUACUUGAACCCCUGGGACGAGGACGACGACGCGCAGCAGCACUGGCAUUUUCCGCCGAAGGAAUCUGCAGAGGCGCGUCGCGUCCGCUGGGCACGCCACAUCCGACAGAGAUUAAAGACACUCGUGCCGCUCGAGGAGCGCGUGCAGGGCAAGGCGCCGUGCACCGCGGAGCAGCUGAUUCGUGAGAUUCGCUCCGCACGGAAGGGGAACCAGGAGCGCGAUCCUGGGCUAGCAGCAGUGGUGGCGGAGCGGGAGCGCGAGCUCGUGCGGCUGGCGCUGGUUCAGCUGCUGGUAGAGUCGGGCCCGCCGCCCGCUCUCUGCGCCAUUCCGGAGGCGGAAGACGACACGGGGGAAGCAGAAGGCGUCCUAAACGAAAGAGGGGAUGAUGCGGAGGAAGCGGAAGAGUGGGCGGAAUGCAACAGCGGUGUGGGCUCCGCGCUGAUGCGUAGAAACAGAGGGAUGGGCGGAAAAUCGCGCGGCGGUUGCGCACAGCGGGGGCCGGCGGAGGAAUUUGUGGCGGCGGUGGCGGAAAUGGAGGGCGCAGACCCCGUGUUCGCGCUGGGCCCGCGGUGUGGUGGAGACCGGUGGUAUGAGUCAGACGCCAUGCCAUCAUCUCCUUGUGCUGCUGCCGGUGUAACGUAUCAAUGA